UGUUCUUUUGGUAUUUUCCAAACGAUUGUUUGGUAUUUUGAAAUCGAACGUGGUUUGAAAAAGCGCCUUUUCCUGUUUCAGAAUGUAUGACGACACGGGCUGUGAUUGGUCGAACCGGCGCGGCGAAAGACCUCCAUGAUAUUUGGCGCCAUUUGUCGAAAACAAUCCACUUCGCCAAAACCUACAUUAUUAGGGAAUAUGGGUUCUCUACAUUAGAUUCAAAUCCUCUUCUAAUUUUACCGACUACAUUUCCACAGUAUGUAUCAACGUAUCCCCCAAGGAAGGAAAAGAACCGAUCUAUAGUUUGGGUGUGAAACAAUGGCUGGGGCCGUGGCUAUGGCGGCUGUCAUAGAGGAUUUUGAGGGUCAGCCGUGUAAGAAGUUGAGAAAGGAUGGUGAUGCACCAGCUGUCAAAACAAUUACUAAUUACUUUUUGCCCAAGCCUGUGGAGAAACCGUUCUCACCACCAAAGUCUAACAACAUUUUGGACUACUUUAAGAGGACCUCGCCUGCACAAGAAAUAAAAAGCUGCUCUCUAGUAGCUAAAGAAAACUCCUCGCAACCUUCAGAGCAAGCAAGUCAUGUAAUCCCUGUGAAACCUAUAAGAGGACAGGGGCAGAAGCGAACCAGGAAGGCCAAAGACAACAAGAAGUCCAAAGAGGAGGAUGCACAGGUGGUCACAGAUGAUGUUGUCUUGAUAGAAAAUCCCAGUGAAUCCUCUGUAAAGGAAAGCAAUACUGCCUUCCUUCCAGCUCAAACCUGUCACGAUGCCUCCUCUGAUAAAGAAUCUGACAUGAGGAAAAAUGCCACCGAGGCUGAUCCAGACCUGUUGAUUAAGAAUUCUGCAGAAAGUUCUGAGAAAAAACCCUCAUUAAACCAGAGCAGGAGGAAAGACUGUUCAAACAGAAAAUCUGCAAUGAGGAGUAACCGGAAGGCAAAAGAUGGCUGUGAAGAUACUGAGGAAUGUGAUGCUGAUGCACAAGAUCCUGUACGUGAGACUAAAUUGGAGGGAAGUGCAGAGGAGAAAAGCGGCACUGUCACAAUCUCAUUCAAAGACUUUGUGCAGAAUCAAAGUCAAGAAUGGGAAGAGAGCGAUGUGAUUUCUAAGACUGACACUGCUGGCACAUCAAGUGAAGGCAACCUCUGCAGUGGUCAGAGUGAUUCUGCAGUCGGUCCUCUACACGUGUCUCCCCGAACUCUCACGAUUCAAGCUGAGGUGCAUCCCAUUUCCCCUGAUCAUCUCGAGUCUCUCAAAGUUGCCAAGGAGUUAAAAGUCGCAUCUAUUUUUAGCAGAAAUAAAAAAAGUCAGUCAAAAGAGGACAAGAGUUUGUCUGACCCUGCUCCGGAGAUUAAACCGGAUGUGUUGCCUGACCUCAAAAGGAAAUCUAACGUUGUUCUUCUUGAGGAAGAUCUGGAACUUGAUGUGGUGGAGUCCAGCCCCAUUCCUAAAAGCACUGAGGUUGAGAGGAAGCAGUUCAUGAGUGCCUUUAAGCAGCCGAGUCUUGAUGGUUUUAAAAACAAAACCAACAAGGCUCAGAGCAAGCAGAACCAGGUUCAAGAGAAAGUCUCGGAGGCAGCAGACAAUCAACAUGACAAAUCUCUUGAGAACAAAACUGAAGAAAAAUCUCUUGAGAGCAAAACUGAAGAAAAAUCUCUUGAGAGCAAAACUGAAGUGACCAGCUCGGAGCAGCACGAAGAGAAGAAAAGCUGUCCAGGUGACAAAAAGAAGCGAGUUAGGAAAUCUGGGAAGAAAGGGCAAGCUAAGAAAGCUGAAGAUGCACAACCUGCAACUCUGAAACCUGAAGAACCUCCAGCAGAAGUCGACAAAGGCAUUAGCCCAGCCGAUGAUGACAACAGUGAAAAGGCUGUCAGAGAGCUGAGGAGGUCGACCAGAGAGCUUUCACGUAGACAGUCAGCCGCUGUGCUUAAUACUGAACCACAGAAGAAAGAGAGGCAAGAGGACACAAAGAAAGAUGAUGACAACCAAAAUACACCCUCUCCCUCUCUGGCCUCUACCCCAAAAGCUCAAAGACCCAAAAGAGGCAUGUAUAGAUCUGAAAUGCUCUGCCCACCUGACAUGAAAGGCAGCCCUAUCAGGAUGAGAAUCACCAGGGUAUUUCCAUCCUCUGCUACAAAAGCUGGUGAUUUUGAAAUAUCAAGUCCUCUCUCAAUACAGGAAUCAAAUGCAGCGAAAAAAAGAAAACAAGCUAGAAAGCUGGUGCAGAAAGCCAAAACUCUUCAGCAAAGUAAAAAGGACACUAAUAAAGAUAAAGAUACUGUACGACGCUCUACAAGAAGCAAAGAGUCUGUCGUAAAUUACUGUGAAGAUGAGGAUUCUGUAGUGUUUUUGGAGGAAAGCAAAAGCACUCUAGGCACUUCACAGGAAAAUGAAAAAAGCCAGAAGAAGCUUCGUAGUUUGAAUGAAGUUUUGGGGAAAAAUACAUCUCAGAAUAAAACAUCGAAGACUCCUGCAGCUUCUAAAGUGGCUCCUCUUUUCGGUGAGAAAAAAGCUCAGACACUGUCGGCUGUCAUCUCCAUUUUUGACGACAGCAGUCGAGAGGCAUCAGAGAACUCGCAAGAUGAUGAACAGUUCAGAGCAAAGAGAGAGUUUCUGAAGAGUGGCCUUCCGGAGUCCUUCAAAAAGCAAAUCGCAAGGACAGCAGCCAGCCGAGAGGCUUACAGCCAGGCCUGUGCUUCCUUCCAGAUGGUGGUUCAUGUCCAGCAGAGGGCUGCAGAUUGUUCUGUUUGGAAUCUCCAGUGGCCCACGGAUCCCUUCCUGAGUCGUUUGAAGGAGUCCUGUAAUUUACCGUCUGUACCUCUGAUGUCUUUGGAGAAGUCUUUAGGUUAUGCCACAGUUCCUGUGAAGAGAGCCGGUUGCCAUCAGAUGUCCUUCUGUCGAAGAUCUGAGUUUUCUGAGCCAAUCAGGCUGCAUCUUUUGGAGGAGAUGAGAAUCUCCAAUCCCUCCUUCCCUCAUCAGCGUUUUUUUAAACGGUUUGUUAAGAGGCGUGAGGACUACAUCCUCCAGGCCUCUGCUUCAGAACCUGAAGGUGAGUCUAAGGUGUCCUGCCCUUCUGGAUCAUCGGAUGGCAUUGGAAGGAAACGGAAGCGUGUGGAUGAAGGAGAGAUGACAGGCAAAGUGGGUAAAAAACCAAAGUCCAAUCACACAGACGGGGAUGUUAUAAUGAUUGAAGAAAGUCCACCGUCAGGAGGUCAGGCAGCACAGAAUGUCUCCGACACUGUGCCGUCUGGCAGAAGACGAAGAGGUCGAUCACUAAAGCAAAAGCAGAAAGAAGAGCCCAAGCCAGCAGAGUCAGUCUCCCCUGUGGGAAACCAGAAUGAUGCUGUCAUUAUAGUGGAUUCCCCUGUCCCAGAAAAUUCAAGCACAGAAGAUGGAGUGAAAGAGGAUUUGCUCUGGACAGAGAAGUAUCAGCCGCAGCACUCCAGUGAAGUGAUCGGGAAUAUGGAGUCAGUCCGGAGGCUACACAGCUGGCUGAAAGAGUGGAAAUUGAGAGCUGACCGGGAAGAGAAGAGGAAACAGCAGGAUAAGAAGCAAGAGGAGGAUAGUAAUGACUCCUGGCUCGUAGGUGAAGGCCUGGAUGAGACUGAAGAUCAUUUGUGUAACACGCUUCUCAUCACUGGACCCACUGGAGUGGGUAAGACUGCUGCAGUCUAUGCCUGUGCACAAGAACUCGGAUUCAAGGUAUUUGAGGUGAACUCCUCGUCUCAAAGGAGUGGUCGUCAGAUCUUAUCCCAGCUGAAGGAAGCCACUCAGUCCCACCAGGUGGACAUCCAGGGUGUCAACGCUCAGAAGCCAUCCUACUUCAGCAAUUAUAGCAACAACAGCACCACCACCAAACCCGGCAACUCUCCCAGGAAGUUGAAUUCCCCCAGAAGGGUUGUGUCAUCCCCCAGGAAGCCUCCUCAGUCCCCUCGAAGUGCUUCAUCCAGAAGAGGAGGCUUGACUCCGACAUCUUUGGCCAAUUUCUUCAAAGCAGGUGGAAGGCCCCCAGGGAAAGAAGCAAACACUCAAGACAAGAAAACACAACCUGUCUUAAAAGCUUGUUCCAAAAAGUCUGCCAAAAGAAAAGAGGCUGACGGCAAAGAGUGCCCCGGGGAAACCUCAGCAGGCACCAAGAUCUCCACUGAAGACCAGGACAAGAGGACGGCCACAUCCCUCAUCUUAUUUGAGGAGGUGGAUAUCAUUUUUGAUGAUGACACUGGAUUUCUGGCUGCAAUAAAACACUUCAUGACUACAACUAAGAGACCAGUUAUUCUAACAACCAGUGAUCCAGUCUUUGGUGCUACAUUUGAUGGAUACCUUGAGGAAAUCCAUUUCAAAUCUCCUUCAGUGGUGGAUGUGUCUAGUUACCUCCAGCUGCUGUGUCUAGCUGAAAACAUGAGAACAGACAGUAAGGAUCUGUCCUGUCUGCUGGACUGGAACAGGUGUGAUAUUCGUCAAAGCCUCCUGCACUUGCAGUUUUGGGCCUGCAGUGGAGGUGGACAGCAAGUGCAUCGGCCUUUGCCUUCCUCAGUGCUCAAAGGGGACGUCAAGAGUGACAUUCACCGUCGGUCUGUCAGAGCUCAGGACAUAAAUGAGGAUGAAAUACCACCCUGCCACGCUGCAUGCACUGAGAGUUUGCUGGGGAUCCGAAAUAUGCAAACAGAAAGUCUUGCAGAUUUGCUGCUAAAGCAUGAGUCUUCAGUAAUAGGCAGCGUUAGGUGCUGGGAUCUUCUCUCAGAGGUCCAUAGAAGGGGAGUGAAUCUUCUCUUCUCCAAUAUGGAGAGUCUGCUUCCUCUGCCAACUCGUCUUUUACCACAGUCUACACUCAAAUCACAACAAACACCAAACCCACAGUCCCGUCCUGAGCAAGUACCUCAGACUGUGUGGUUGGAAGUUUUGGAAGAGCCCUCUGAUGAGGGUAGUCCCCUUAAAGUGUCCUCUAGAAUGAGGGGGCGGAAGAAGGUGGGCAUUGGCAGUAAAGAUGUUUUCCAGUCUGAUUCAGAGUCAGGGGAUGACUUCCUCUCUCUUACAAAAACAAGCCGAGAUCCUGCUCAAAGCACUAAUGAAGAUCCAGCCGAUGUGUCUGUGAAUGUGUCCGAAGCUGUCCCAGUAAAACCAAGGCGUGUUGUGUUAACCGAAGCUGAAAGGAAGAAGAGCAAACCAGUGAUGCAGUGCCUAAGCAGUUUAGCAGAGUAUAUGGACCACAUGUCCUUCCUGGACUCCUCACUUCACUACCAGCCGCUGCAAACAGAGGGUUGCUGCAGACCUCAAGUCUUUGGCUGGACUGGUGCACAGGUCAAGAGUGGGAUGACUGAUGACAUUCGGUUAGAGUGUGUCAGCCGAGUAAAUGAUGUUAAUGUCGAUGAAAUCCAUGCUGCAUUGGGGCACUUGAGUUUUAGGAAGUGCAAGGCUGAAGUCUCCCAAGCCUGGGACGGAGCACAGCAACUGGAGGAGGAGAUCAGAAGAGAGGUAGAGGAGGAGCUCACCCUCCCUGUGGCUCCACACAAAGAGGGGUUCAGCCUCACUCAAACUAUACCUUGUGACCCGAGGGUGAUGGAGAGGAGAAGUGAGGUGAUGAAGUCGGUGCUCUCCUCCAGAUCAGCUGGGACGCUUGGAAACCAGGCAGCAGCGGCUCUGGACUACCUCCCCUCUCUGCGUACCAUCUGUAGGUCAGAGAAACUGAAGGAGCAGGGAAAGAUCAAACGCAGGUUCUUGCACUAUUUGGAUGGUAUACACUUCACUCUCCCUAAAAGCACAGUGGAGUUCCUGGCUUCCGAGUUCCCUUAAAUUACAUGCAUAUUUAGGCAGCCGAUUAAUGCAUUUGUACAGUAAUAUAUACUCAGAAGGAGUGUGGUUUUAUGUUGUUAUGUGGACAGCACAUAUUUGUACUGUUUUAAAUUUGUUUCCCAUUAUGAAGACUUUUUUUUUUUUGUACUGCCAUGCAUCUUCCAAAAUGUUUUAUCAAGUAAUAAAUUUAGAUUUGCCAUUUGCCAGC